CGUUUGUUUGCACUUAAAAAACCCUAGUCUCCUUCUCCUGUUUCGUCCCCUCCGUCCCCGCUCUCUCUCGAUCGUUCGCGCCUACUCCACCAUCUCUCUCUCUGUCUCUCUCUCUAUCGAAGCGAAGUGAAGCAAAUUUCCGAAGCUCCUGCGCCGCCUCUAAUGGCCGGUAAGAAGAGACCCUCGAGCGCCGUCGAAGACGGCUCGGGCGGCGCGGCGAAAGCUGCGAGGUUGGUGGAGGGCGAGAACGGCGCCGCCGCCGCUGCGGCGACGCGUCGGAGGUCGAUCAAAGCGAAGGCGAUGAAGGUGCAGCGGAGGAAGCUGCGGAAGGAGUGGGACAAGGAAAGGAACCGCCUCGCCCUCGAGAUCGAGGAACAAUCAAACCCUAGGAAGCCUCCCCAGCGCCCCCCUACCCCCGCGGUCGCCCCGACCACCGAUCUCCCGGCGCUUCGUGUGAUCGUAUUUAGGGAUUUGGCGUCGUCCGAUGCGUCGGUUAGGGUCUCCGCGGCCGAGGCUUUGGCUAAGGAGCUCCGCGAGGUCCAGGAGGCCUACGACAAGUUCGGGGGCAAGAAGAAGCUGGCGGAAGACGGGGCGGUGCAGCUCGAGGCCGAGAAGAAGGACGAUGGAUUGGAGAACUGCUCCCCCUCUUUGAGAUAUGCGAUUCGGCGCCUUAUUCGCGGAGUCUCCUCUUCCAGAGAGUGCGCGAGACAAGGGUUUGCUUUGGGAUUAACAUUAGUAGCCGGAACAUUCCCUGUGAUCAAGGUGGAGGUUUUGAUGAAGUUGAUAGUAGAAAUGUUAGAAGUUUCGUCUUCAAUGAAGCGUCAGGAUGCUAAAGAUAACCUUUUGGGCCGCCUUUUUGCUUAUGGAUCGCUUGCUAGAUCUGGUCGAAUUGCUGCAGAGUGGAUUUCAGAUAACAGCACGCAGGUUGUCAAGAAUUUCGUGAGUGAUGUCAUUGCACUUGCGGGAAAGAAACGCUACUUAAGUGAGCCAGCCGUUUCAGUCAUUUUGGAUAUGGUCGAGAAGUUACCAGACGAAGCUUUGCCAACUGAAGUCCUUAAAGCUCCUGGCAUGCAUGAGUGGUUCGAAAAUGCCAGUGAAGUUGGAGACCCUGAUGCACUCUUUCUGGCUUUAAAGUUGCAAGAGAGACUCAAUACAGAUAGUGAAAUGUUUGGGAAGCUCCUCCCAGCACCGUUUAGUCCUGACAAAUUUUUUACACGGGACCAUCUAUUAUCUAUUGCCCCUUGUUUCAAGGAAUCAAUCUUCUGUUUGCCACGUCUACACAGCCUUUGGCCUUUGGUGAUAAAUAUGCUAACUCCAGAAACAGCUUUUCCACUAGAUGCUUCUGUGCCGCUAAGCUGUGACAAAAAGCACAAAAAAAGCAAGAAAAGCAGCUUAUCUGAGAACAUCAGCAGCAACAUCCAUUCUUUCUGCGAGGUUGUAAUUGAUGAAUCAUUGCUCCUCUCAUCUCAUGAUAGGAAACAUCUGGCACUUAAUAUUUUACUAAUUCUCCUUCCAAGGUUACCUCCAUCGUGCAUCGAAAUCGCCCUUUCUAGUAAACUCGUCCACUGUCUUAUGGACGUCUUAACACAUGAGAAAUCCGAGUUAUAUAAUGCUGGUCAGCAUUUUCUGAUGGAAUUACUAAAUAUAGUGGGUGAUGACGACGAGCGACGAGCUGCUGCUGUUUUAUCCUUUCGAAAGUACAGCAACGGAAAAUUCGAUAGCAUUACAAAAACACAAACAGUUAAACAGUUGGUUGCCAAGUUUAAUACUGGAUCAGGCUGCAUGCUUUUCGUGCAUAAAUUGAUCUCUUUGUUUGUAGAUGAAGGGCCCUUUGCAGAUGAACCAUCCGAUCAGAGUCAGACAACUGAUGAAAAUUCCGAGGUGGGCUCAAUAGAGGAAAAGGAUCCUCCAUCCCAAGGAACUUCAAAUUCAGAAUUUUUGCAGAAUUGGAUAAUUGAUACCAUGCCUCGUGUUUUGAAAAAUCUAAGUCUUGAUACAGUUGUAAAGUCUUUAAAGGAUGCUGAAGAAGUAACAAAAUCAGAUUUAAUGUCUUUACCAGAUAGUGUAAAAGUAAAAUUUGUAGAAGAGAAAUUUCGGGUGCAGACGGAAAUAAUGAAAUUUUUGGCAGUCCAGGGUUUGUUCUCUGCAUCUUUAGGGACUGAAGUGACAUCGUUUGAGUUGCAAGAGAAGUUUAAAUGGCCGAAAGCAGCCAUUUCAAGCUCUUUAUGUAGGUUGUGCAUACAACAGCUUCAGUUAUUAUUGGAAGAUGCACAGAAAGGGGAAAGCUUAAUUUAUCUGAAAGGAAUAGAGUGCAAUGAUUUAGGGUCUUACUUUAUGUGUUUCCUCAAAACGCUGUGCAGCAUUCCUUCAGUCUCACUGUAUAGGACACUGAGCAAUGACGAUGAAAAAGCUUUUAAGGAGAUACUUGCCAUGGAAUCCAGGCUUUUCCAUGAGGAAAGAAAAAUUAAGAUUGGACCGGAUGCGAAUAAAAUGCACGCAUUCCGUUAUCUCCUUAUCCAGUUGUUGCUGCAAGUGCUUCUUCGACCAGACAAGUUCUUUGAGGCUGCAAUUGAUCUUGUCAUAUGCUGCAAAAAGGCUUUCCCUGCUGCUGCUCUUGGCGACUCGUCAGAAGAGGAUGAAUAUAAUGGGAAUGAUGCACCCAAGUUUAUGGACGUGCUUUUAGAUACCUUUUGUUCUCUCUUGCCUCAUACAUCUGGCCCUACUUGUUAUGCUAUCGAACAGGUUUUUGGACUCUUUUGUGAUGAAAUAACAGAACCAGGACUUAUUCAAAUGCUGAAAAUUGUGAGGAAAGAUCUGAAACCCCGCAGGUCCAAGGCAGCUGGGAGUGAUACUGAUGAGGACGAUGAAGACGACGAUUUCAUCGAUAUGGAAGACGCUAACGAAAGUGAUUUUGGCGGUAGUGAUGAUGAUCAUGCCGAUGAGUCUGAGAGGAAGUCGGGUGCUGAUGAUAUGGACGAGGAGGUGAACAAAAACGAUGAAGUUGAUUCGGAGAAAAUUGAACCAGAAGUUAGGACUGAAAAUGAUGGAGAUAUUGAUGGUUCUGAUGAUUCAGAUGCUAUGGAUGAUGAUGCCAUGUUUAAUAUUGAGCCUCACCUUGGACGGUUAUUCAAGGAGCGCAAAAUUUCUGGGAAUGAGAGUUUCUACUCCCAGUUGAUGCCUUUCAAGCUUCGCGUUCUUACAUUACUGGAAAUUUACCUGCACAAGAAUCCAGGCAAGACUCAGGUGUUGACUGUGUGCUCUUCCUUAAUUAAAGCUUUCGUGGAUUCACAUGUGGGCAAUGGUAGCAAGCAACUUCAACAACGGAUAGGCGGAAUAAUACAAAAAAAGAUAUUCAAAGCUAAGGACUAUCCUAAAGAUGAUAGCGUCGACCUUUCUACUCUUGAAGCCCUUCUGGGAAAGAGUGUGUGGUCAGCAUCCCAUUCGCGGUUCAAGGCUGUCGCUUCUUUGGCACAAAAUUCAACUUUUUGGGUACUGAAGAUCAUAGAUGCAAGAAACUUCCCCAAACCUGAAUUGGAAAGAGUUGUGGAUAUAUUCCGAAAUACAUUGGUUGACUACUUCAAUAAUAAGAAUUCCCGACUAAAGAUAGGGUUUUUGAAAGAGGCCAUUCGGAGGUAUCCUUGGAUUGGAGUUGAGAUUUUUGGGUUCCUUUUGGAAAAAUGUGGGAGUGCCAAAUACGAAUUCCGACGGGUCGAAGCCCUUGAUCUGUUAGACUGCAUAAUAAGAUGCGUUGUCCCGAGCAGCAAAGGGGAGCAAGAAACAGAUGGCCUGAGUGCAUUGAAUUUGUUGAAGAGGCACUUACCGGCCAUUUGCGAGUUGAUCGGAGAGCUUCUUACGAAUUGGCCAGAGAAGCAAUCGAGGCGCAAAGAAGUGCGGCGAUUUUGCAUUCGGGUUCUAGAUAUAAUGUUGAAGCUUAACCUCAAGAAAGCCUUCCUUAAGAUCUUAAAGCCUGAUGUCUACACUCUCUGUCAGUCAAAGCUAGGGGAUGCUUUUAAACCCUUCUCGAUGGCAAAUCAGUAAACUCAGAUUUGGAGGGACUUCUCAGAUGAAGGCAAGAGAGAGCUAAUAUCGUAGAAUGGUUCAUUGAGGUUGCCGAGAAGGCGGGAUCCCUCGGUGCUUGAAAUAAUGGUGCAAAUGGACUUUUUGAUGCCAUAAUUUGUGGUCAGUCCAUCAGGGUUCCUUUUCAUUUGGGAUUGGAUAUCACCCUCGAAAUUCUACAUAUUUCUGGGAUAUUUAAAUGAAGACGAAGUUGGAUGUUCCAAUAUUAUGACUACCAAGAAGAACAGAGCUCUGAGCACUAUAAUAUGGUGAGUUUGGAAGUGAUAUAAUUUUUUUUUUCCUUGAAUUUUUGGCUGGAAAAUGCUUAUUUAUUAUACCUUUAAAUUUUGCUCAAGACGAUUGCGAACUGCUUUUCUAUACGCUCUUAUAAUUGAUAAACCGGAGGUCGAAAAGUGUCCAGUUUGCAGAGUCA